AAUGGAUGUUAACUUCUUUCGCACGCAAUACAAAACGAUUCAAAUAACAAGAAUUCAAUAUCCAUUGGGAAUAAUAGACAUAAUGUAUUUCUAAAAACUAAUUACUACUUCUUUUUAAUAUGACUUCAUUAUUAGAAUUUAAAGUUUUUAAAGUAGUCUUCAACAUUAGUUUGCAAUAAAAGUUUGCCAAAAUGAGAACUAAAAUAAUUCCAGUGGAUCCGUAUUAUCUUUAUGAUCCGAAAAAAGAAUUUUCUGUUAAAAUCGAUGAGCGGUUGUCGACUUUUAAGAGAAGACAAGCUUUACUCAAGCUUAACCGCCCAUCAAAUAAGUUCAUUGAUACUCGUAAAAAUAAAAAGUCAAGUUUUCAAAGGUUUUCAAAGAAUUCCAUUUUUGAAAAGGAUAUUGUUUCAAAAGAUGAUUUGCUCCCAUUGAUUGACAGUGCUAUGAAGUUGCAACAAAAUGCGUUUGAGGCUGCCAUGUUCACUAAUCGAUCCUAUGAUGUACAACUUGCUUUAAUAUUUCUUGAAGCCUUUAUUUCAAUUCUUUUUAACGUUUACUUUAUGAUUUCGGUUUUUGUUGCACCGGCAGCAUUUAAACUACCUAUGCAAGAAAGUAUUGCAUAUCUAGCACAGCACCUGAUUCAACCAAGCUUGAAUAUUUUGGUUGUUGUCUUGGGAUUUUCGCUAUUAAAACAUGUUUUCCGAAAAACUCAACAAAUAGUUAACAAAAUUAUAAUACACUCUAAAGACAAAGAAAUUAGAGAAAGAUUUUCACAGUUUUCACAACAAAUGCAAGUUAAUAAUCCAGAAUUUUCUGUCUUAGGAUUUUUUCCAUUAGACGGAUCAGUUAUAUUUUCUAUUAUAUCUGCCACUACUACAUAUUUGAUAAUUUUGAUACAAGCUCUUGGAGGUGAAAGCGAAGUUAUUCCAGCUCUUUCAUCAUUUACAAAUAAAGGCAACGAAAGUUCAAAAAUUUACCAAAACAAAUAAACUUAGUUAAAAAUCAAAAACUAUUUUAAUACUUAUU